AUGUGUGACGACGAUGUUGCUGCUCUUGUGAUCGACAACGGUUCUGGCAUGUGUAAAGCUGGUUUCGCUGGUGACGAUGCUCCACGUGCUGUAUUUCCGUCAAUUGUUGGCCGUCCACGACAUCAAGGUGUUAUGGUGGGGAUGGGCCAAAAGGAUUCGUAUGUCGGCGAUGAAGCUCAAUCGAAACGAGGUAUUCUCACGUUGAAAUACCCAAUUGAACAUGGUAUCGUGACCAACUGGGAUGAUAUGGAAAAGAUUUGGCACCAUACAUUUUAUAACGAAUUGCGAGUAGCACCUGAAGAGCAUCCCGUUCUGCUGACAGAAGCACCACUGAACCCGAAGGCAAACAGAGAAAAAAUGACGCAAAUUAUGUUCGAGACUUUUAACACCCCAGCUAUGUAUGUUGCAAUCCAGGCUGUCCUGUCUUUGUAUGCUUCUGGUCGUACAACUGGUAUUGUACUUGAUACUGGUGAUGGUGUUACGCACACCGUUCCAAUUUAUGAAGGCUAUGCUCUACCACAUGCAAUUUUGCGUCUUGAUUUGGCUGGUCGUGACCUUACUGAUUACCUCAUGAAGAUCCUUACUGAGCGUGGUUACUCGUUCACGACUACGGCGGAACGUGAGAUUGUUCGGGAUAUCAAAGAAAAACUGUGCUAUGUAGCCUUGGACUUUGAGCAAGAAAUGGCUACUGCAGCAUCGUCAUCAUCGUUGGAGAAGAGCUAUGAACUUCCCGAUGGACAAGUCAUCACUAUCGGCAACGAGCGAUUCCGGUGCCCCGAAGCUCUCUUUCAGCCUUCAUUCCUUGGAAUGGAGUCGACUGGUAUUCAUGAGACAACGUACAACAGCAUCAUGAAGUGCGAUGUAGAUAUCCGAAAAGAUCUCUAUGCGAACACUGUUCUUUCAGGAGGUACUUCGAUGUUCCCGGGUAUCGCUGACCGUAUGCAGAAGGAGAUUACCGCACUUGCUCCAAGCACAAUGAAAAUUAAGAUCAUUGCACCACCAGAGCGUAAAUAUUCGGUUUGGAUUGGCGGUUCCAUCCUGGCGUCACUAUCUACCUUCCAACAAAUGUGGAUCUCGAAGCAAGAAUACGAUGAGUCGGGACCAUCAAUUGUUCAUCGUAAAUGUUUCUAG